AUGACAUUUGAUUUCUUGUUACAUCUUCUUCCACAGACCUUUGUUGUUCUAUGGGUAGUGACACUUCCACUACCAUACCAUGUGCAUGUCAAUGCCUUCCAAGCCAAGCAAUUAAAUCAAGCUGAAGGAUGUGAUUUUUCUCAAGGGCAAUGGGUUGUUGAUGAAUCUUACUAUCCUCUCUAUGAUGCCUCAAGUGAUUGUCCUUUUAUAGUGCAAGGAUUUGAUUGCCUAAUAAAUGGUAGACCUGAUCAAGAUUACCUCAAAUAUAGAUGGAAACCUUCUGCUUGUGAUCUUCCAAGAUUUGAUGGCGUGAAAUUCUUGGAGACAUACAGAGGGAAGAAGAUAACAUUUGUAGGGGACUCUAUAAGUGAUAAUACAUGGCAGUCACUUGCAUGUUUACUUCACAUUGCAGUGCCAGAAUCAAAGUACACAUUAACAAGACUAACAAAACAUCUUUCUAUGUUCUUAUUUGAGGAGUAUCAAGUUACAAUAAUGUGGGUGAAAGAUGGUUACCUAGUGGAUGCUUUUCGUGAUACAGAAAAGGGAAGAAUAUUAAAACUUGACUCCAUUACAUCUUGGGACAUGUGGAAUGGUGAUGUUUUGAUUUUCAAUACCUACCAUUGGUGGUUUCACACAGGACAAACUCCAACAUAUUUUCAAGUGGGUAAUGAGAUAAUAGACAUGGAUAACAUGGAAGCUUACAGGAUUGGGUUAACCACUUGGUCUAAUUGGGUUGAUUCUAACAUUGAUCCCUCAAAGACCACUGUUAUUUUCCAAGGAAUUGCUGCUGCACAUUCAGGGGAAAAUCACUGUAUAAAUCAAACUUUGCCAGAGGAAGGAUCAAUGCCAACUUAUCCUGGUGUAGACAUUGUUAAGAGUGUUUUGAGUAACAUGAAAAACCAAGUUUAUUGGCUUGAUAUUACUUUGCAAACACAACUGAGGAUAGAUGGUCAUCCUUCGAUAUACACUGGCCGAGGCACUUCUUAUGAGGACUGCAGUCACUGGUGUCUAGCUGGUGCUCCUGAUACAUGGAAUGAAAUCUUGUAUGCUGUUUUACUAAGAAAUUAGUAUUUUCAUCAUUUGUAACUUUAGUUUAUGUUUUUUUUAGCACCAUUGAGGAUACAAGACUAGUAAAUUUGGAUUGUAGACAUAAAGAUAGUGUAACUUCAGGUAUUACAUCAUUAUUAUGCUCAA